AUGUAUCACGAGCAUCAUCGCGGGAAUGGCCGCUUUUACGACGGAGGGACAAGAGGUCAGUGGAGUACAAGAGGAAGCUACCGUGGAGAGAACUUCCCUCAUUCGCAGUACGAAGAGUCGCCGUAUGGAGAGUCCCACUACGGACAGUCUCAGUACGGAGACCGCGGAAGAUUCCGUUGGAGUCGCGGAACGAUACAGCGAGGCGCCGGCGAUCAAGGAUGCGUGAGACUCAGAGACGGAAGAACUUGGUUUGAUGAGAGAUUCGGAAGAGACCGAAACGCUGAGCAACAUCGCGGAUACGGUGGAUACCAAAGAGGAUUCCGUGGAGGGAAUCGUGGACACCGCCGAGCUCCGCAAUUCUACGACGAUGCGCGUCACCAUAGCACUGCGGAGAAUCGGACGAUUUUGAUUCAGCCGUCUGAGCCGCCAAUCUCACGAAAAUCACUGGAACAGGUGUGUGUUUCUGGCUUACCGUUGUUUAAUCUUCAUGUAUUGUUGUAGGCGGUCGCCGACGCUCUUGCAUCGUGUCAAUCGCACUUUGAUAAGAAGUUAGAAGAGUUGAAGACUCAGGUGGUGGAAAGAGACGCGCACAUUGCAGAAUUAGUGAGGAAAUUCGGAGAAACAAAACAAACCUCCAAUAACGACGGACUCUCUGCGGCUCCCUCAAUUUUGGAGGUAAGCGUCUCAAUGGUGACUUUCUCUCAGCGCAAUUCUUGCAGGCACCCAUGAAUAACUCGCAGAAAACGGACCGCGACGACGGCACUGACGUUGUUCGUAUUGAGAAGGACUUGCAUGUCGCGGAACCUGGGCAGAGAGAAAAUGCUGAAAAGGAGAACGCCAAGAAAAAGAAGAAGAAAGAAGCGAAGCAGAAGAAGAAGGCGGAGAACGGAAAGAAGGGGAAGACGGCGUCGACGAGGCUGCCGAGCAGGCGUUGA